AGAUUCUUUGACCAAACCCAUCCCACUGUGAUAACCUCCUGCCACAUUUUGACAUUCAGGAACCCGGCUGGACUGUGCGUGCAGCCUAAAUGACGAAGUGGAACUUGUUCAAGCACCAGACGACGCCUGUGGGUGCCGCCAAGCCCACAGGUGCCGGUGCUCCGGAGGUGACUCCCGCUCCUGUGGCUAUGGUCGCCGCGGAGAACAACUCCACCGAACAAGUCAGCACCAAGAAUGACGCCUUUGAUGAGAUUAAGAACAAAUUCUUAAACGAAAUCGACAAAAUCCCACUCCCGUCAUGGGCCAUCAUCGCCAUCGCUGUCGUCGCUGCUCUGCUAAUUGUAACGUGCUGCUUCUGCGUCAUCAAGAAGUGCUGCUGCAAGAAGAAGAAGAACAAGAAGGGCAAGAAGGGAAAGGGUGACAUGGGCAUGAAGAACCUGACGGGCGGACAGGACGAUGACGAUGAAGAAGACGAUGUGGAGCCUGGGCUGCCUGGAGAAGAGAAGGAAGAAGAGGUCAAAGAGAAGGAGAAACUGGGCAAGCUGCAGUACUCUAUCGAUUAUGACUUCCAGGAGAACAAGCUCACUGUUGGGAUCCUGCAGGCGGCCGAUCUCCUCUCCAUGGACAGUGGUGGCACCUCAGACCCCUACGUCAAGGUGUAUGUGCUUCCAGACAAAAAGAAGAAGUUUGACACCAAAGUUCACAAGAAGACACUCAACCCAGUGUUUAACGAGACCUUCACCUUUAAGAUUCCAUUCCAAGAGAUGGGAGGGAAGACCCUGGUAAUGUCUGUCUACGAUUUUGAUCGCUUCUCCAAACAUGACGUCAUUGGGGAGAUUAAAAUCCCCAUGAACACACUGGACCUGGCCAAGCCCAUCGAGGAGUGGAGAGACCUGGACAGUGCAGACCAAGAAGAGCCGGAGAAGCUGGGUGACAUUUGCAUCUCCCUUCGUUACGUGCCCACCGCUGGAAAGCUCACCAUCUGUAUUCUGGAGGCUAAAAACCUGAAGAAAAUGGAUGUGGGUGGACUGUCAGAUCCCUAUGUGAAAAUUAACCUGCUGCAGAACGGAAAGAGGCUGAAGAAGAAGAAGACAACAGUGAAAAAGAACACGUUGAAUCCUUAUUACAAUGAAUCGUUCAGUUUUGAGAUUCCGCUCGAGCAAAUGCAGAAAAUCCAAGCCGUCAUCACAGUGCUUGAUUACGACAAGAUAGGUAAAAACGACGCCAUUGGCAAGAUUUGGGUGGGGAGCAAGUCCACGGGGGCAGGCCUGAAGCACUGGUCCGACAUGCUGGCCAACCCACGCCGCCCCAUCGCUCAGUGGCACCCCCUGCAGCCCGAGGAGGAGGUGGAUCAAGCCCUCGCAGCCCUGACUGCCAAGAAGUAAACUCCACAGACCCCCCCCAUACCUCCUCCCAUCCCCCCCCCCACGUAUCCCAUCAAGCCCUCUCCUUCUAUGUAUUCAAGAGGAAGACCACCACUACUGUACAAGCCCUCCGCUCCACUCCCUCCAUCACCCGUCCGAAAGCUCUCAUCGAUCUCAUCUCAGACAUGAUACACGGGAAAUACUGUAGUGAAUCAUGUCGUAAGAAGUCAUUGGCCAAGAUGACACCGGAUGGACAGACACUCCACUGAUUUGCUUUAGAUCUAUUUUUGUAUUGGGGUUGUGGUUCCAUACAUGAGAAUACAGGUCAGAGGGUAAUCAGCAUCGUAUCACUCGUAUUGUACUCCCUAGCCCUUCCCUUUAGUGACACAGUUUGCUUAGAAUAGUGCUUAAUAAUAAUAAUGAAUAAUAAUAAUAAUGCUUUAUACUGCCAUAUUGAUAGAGAAAUAACACAAGCAGGUCCAUUCCGUAGGUGUGUGGUGCACCAUGAUCUUCACCUGCCGUUGUCAUAUAGAGAUGUUCAGUUGAAGUACAUUCCUAGAUUUGGGUAGCCAAUAGGUGAUAGGCACAUAUCAGCUACCGAGAACACACUGCCUUUUUUGAUUCGUUCACCUUUCACCUUUCGUCUCAGGAAAGAUGAGAGGAUAUCCAUGCCUUUGUUUUGAAAACGGGUUGUUGUAGUUAUUAUUAGGAUGCUUCACUCAACAAGCGACGUCGCAUUCAAAUUGACAAAAUUUUGGUAUCCUUAAGAAACAGGUUGCGUUCGCGUUCUUGAAUUUGAUGAUGUCAUAAUCUCAGGAGGAGGGCAAGUGUUGAUGUCGAUAUUGCAGCAUGUUAAAGGCAAGUUUUUGAAUGAAAUAUCCAAACUGAAAGCUCACAAAUGUUAAGCCAGAUUGUUUGUUAUAGUUAUGGUCCACAGAAUUGCCAGAUUAAUCUUGUGGUUUAAAGUCUUUUCAACUGGCGACAGUCCUUCGUAAUAGAAUAAUCAGUUUUUGCAUUGGCGGUAAGUAAGUACUUUCAUUUUUGUUCAUUUGUGUGGACAGAAAUGUUUUGUGUGGAUUGGCUGAGUCAUUUCAGAGACAUCAACCAUAAACAAGGCCAAAAUAUCAGCGUGAUGAAAAGAACAAGCUAUCAAUGAAAACCUAAAGAUACUUGCCCUCCAGCUGAAUUGAACAAUUUAAGGACAGUUUUAAAAAGACAUGGCAUCAUAUGAACCCAACCUAUUGAGAGACGUUUCAGUGCAAAGUGGCUGCGACCCAAACCACGCAGGUAGAAUAGAAACACGUUUGUCCAACAGCAGUCUGCCACCUCGCGCCCUUACGCCUCUUCCAGAUCCGAUAUCUCUCUUGUUCAGUGCUACUGCCAUUAGUCAUGGACUCCACACAAGGGUUUGACUUCAAAGGCAUCCCUAUAAACCGUCUUACAGUCAUAAAGGAGACAAGCCUUCCAAGUAACAAAAUAAGCAAUUCUCAACUUACCAGGGACGCCUUCCAGUUUGCGGUGUUGUUCGCUUCAUUGGUUCAUUCGUCUAUGUUAUGUAUUUAUUUAUUUAUUUAGUUUGGACUUGAGCACUUUAAAUCGUUACUUUGACGUACAGCAUAAACAAAGUUUUACAUUUUGUUCCAGAUUUUAACACACAAGCAGGUUAUUUUCUGUAUUUACGUUCAUAUAGUUAUUAUUCGUCUCAAUGAUCGCAAUUAUACUGACUGGAGAAGGCACCGAUCCAUGUGUAUUUUCUAUACAGCUUACCAAACAGUUGAAUUAAAUUGCACUACUAGGUGUCAUUGUUUUUAUUUAAACCUGUGUCAUUUAUUUUAUCGUGAUGAAAUGUUGUGAGACUGAAGUUGUGCUUCCUGUUAACAAAACACAAGAGACACCUUCCAGUCCAAUGCUGCAUACACAGAAUGUAAUUGGUUUGAUACAUUGUGAAGUCUCUCAGAUAGAAAUUCUCUGUGUGAAAGUGACGCCAAAUCUGGAUUAAUAGAUAGUUAUUAACUCGAUGUGUUACAGCAAAAACUGUUUGUGUGCGAGACAAUGUGAUUCUAAUGUAGUCAACCACAAAUUUUAUGGAUGUUUUAUUUUUUCAGUAUUUGUUUAAAUUAUUACAACGAGCAUCUUCCUGAUUUUGUUUUUGCAUACACUUUAAUUUGAAGCAACACUACGGAAAAGGCAACAUGGAAGCAAUCAAGCAACCCAUCAGUGUGUAGUUUUGCCUAUAUACAUAGUUCAUACCCGUUGAUACUGCAUGUUUAUACAAAAUACUGUACAUAAGAGCAUGUUUUAGAGACAAAGCAAAAAUAUCUUGUGUAUGUGGGUGUCAUUUGUCAUUUAAUAACACGGCGAAAGGGAAAAAAGAUGCACUGUAUAUUUUCUAAAAGCAAAACAAAUGUGUAUUUAUUUUCCAUGAGGGUCAUUGGAGUGAAUGUCAAACUGAUAUAGAGUAAUAUAAUAUCAAGAAACAUUUCCACGCCUGAAGAAAUCUUAAAAAGCAAGUGUGUCGUCCAGUAAUGUGUGAGUUCAUGUAGGAUGAAGACGUAGCCGCAUGCUUGCUAUCUAACUACUUGUGCUGCAAAAAACAUGUUUUAAUUGCCACAAUUCAUAAUGGAUUUGAUUUCAGUGCUUAUGGGAAGACCAGUUUUGAAGUUAUUUUUAAAUGUUUUUAUAUGCGCGAGAGAGGGGUAUCCAAGUCUUUAAUAUUUUAUGACAGUCAAUUUGCAAUGCUGAAUAAGUAGGAGGACAUAAAUAGUGCCAGGACUAAAGAAGGAAUGUUUUUGAAUCUUUAUGUAAAUUGAAAUUUCAGACUUGGAAACCUUUCUUUUUUAGUCUAUUUUCCCACACUUCUGUCAAAACAACCUGAAACCCCUCACUGCUGUCUCUUUUACUGUACUGAUAAUAAUAUGUGUGUGUAUAUUCAAGAUAAAUCUAUAAGAUAAAGCCAUAAAACUUAAGCACUAACUCUUUAUAGCUCUGCUGAGUAGCUAGAGUGGAUUUAUGAAAAAAACUACUUAUAAAUAUAUAGAUAUAAAUAUAUAUGUUCAUACAUUCCUUUCAGUAGGAGGAGGGCAGAGUCCAUUUGAAUUCAUUGGAGCGAAUGUGUUUUUCUACUUUCCGAGCCGUUGAUGUCCUUUAAAGUAUCGUGGUUGGUAAUGUAUAUGCUUUUGUUUUUGAUAGCAUAUUGAUACAUUAUUAUGAUUAUUAUUAUAGGUCUCACUAACUGCUCAAGAGUGUGUUCUAAAGUUGGGCUGAGUGCAAUUUGUGAACCUAACUGGGUCACUCUUUGAAGUUCUCCUUGCAGCAGUGCAUCAGCAGUCAUAAAAAACAAUCAGAAAACGCACUGCCAUCAAUGAAAGUCAAUUUGAACAUUAAGGAGUGGCACCAUGUUUGCCUCCCAUAGAACUAUGCAUUAGCCUAUAAUUUUUACACACACAUAUAUAGACAAAUGCAUGAAUAGAUUGAAUUAAGUUGCCAAAUUUUGUUACGAAAAACUGCCACUACAAUCCUUGGUGUGACGUGCGACGCUUCCAGCAUUGCAUAACACACUGUCUGAUGCAAUAUAAAACGAAUCCCAGAAAUGGAUUGACUGUGACCAAAUGAUGCACUAAGAAGCAUUCAAAAACACAAGGGUUUUUUUAUUAGUAGAUAUAUACUGCCAGUACGUUUUUGCAAUUGCCUACGUUUGCUGUUUGAAUCUCCAAAGACCAAUUGAGCAGCGAGGCAAAUGCAAGUACAUCUAGAGCACAUUUUUAAGAUGUCGUAUUCUUUUAUCCUUGUUUAAACUGCCUGGUCACCUGAAGCCACAUGACCACAGGAGGUUCUAUGGGGGCAGAGAGUGAGUGCGUAUACGUGAGUGAUAGGAGUUUGACGUUCAGGCCCUUUAAGGUGCAAAAAACACUAGGAUGCAUUGGAAGUUUGCAUGGGACACAGUGUUCAUCAUUGCUGUAUAUGUACAAUAAUGAAAAGAUAUUGUUUGAAAUAUACUUGGUUGUGAGGUUGGAUCGUUCUCAAUGCACAAAUGCAUUACAAACUGUGCAGCAUGGUUCACACGUGGAUAUAUUUUUGUUAAAAAGGGAAACAUCAAGGUUAUUGUCACAUUGUGAAUUUCUGCACAAGCCUAUUUACGAGUCUGCUGUUUUGUUUUAUAUGCUUUGCCAAUGUAACUUGUUGAGACACUUCUGGGUACACUUCUGUUUCUGAGUCUUUGUCUGUAUGCUAAAUAGAAAAUGUUAAAUUCUCAUUCAAUCUGCUUUGUGUCUAUGGAACGCCGGCCUUCACAAAAUCAUGGACAUACUUUAUACUGCCAAACAUUGUCCCCAUUGUAAAUUAUUUGAACUUUUAUUUUGUUUUUGUUGGUUUUUUUUUUCUUCUUUCUCCAUGAUUUUCUCUUGGGGGCGGUUUCGCUGUGUUUGUUGGUGUCUCGUGUCGUAGUGCGUGUGUUCCUGUCAGUUCUUGUGCCUACUGUGGAUCGCAUGCUUUAGCCCUUGACUGGACACAAAUGUUGCUCACAAACUCCUCUUGACCCUUAUGUGGACAAAACCGUUGGGGAUCCUUAUAAUAAAAAGUUAUCAAGGGAACCAAAUAAACUUAUUACAAUUUAUCAUAUGUGUUCUACGAGUUCUGUACAAAAAAAGAAAUAGGAAAUAAAGGCCUUUUAAUUACCAUGACUUUGAGUGUGUUUAAUCAGUACAAUGUCUUAUUAUAAUACACUGCAUAGACAUGACUGGGUUUGACAUUGCAACAUUCUACAGGUCAAUCAUAAUGAAUACAGCUAAAAUAAUCAGGUUCAAUAUGACAACACCAUGUAAUCAAUACUGAAAACCACCCAUAUACAUUCAUAGCACCUGUAAAAAUAUGACUUUUAUCAAUACAAUAAUACAAUCGUGACCAAAAAUAACAUUAUGGCUAUAACCACAGGUGCUUUCCAUGAUAAAGAAACAA